UGAGAACAACGCAAAACAUCGCCAGAAAUAAACUUAUCCGUUUCUAUAACCACACCCUCUUCUUUACAGCGAGAGAGGCUUUUAGCAUCCAUGGCAGCCUUGAGCUGCCAUUCUCAUCCCAUGAGCUAUACGUCCAGUCUCCAAAAUGUCAAGAAAAUCGUGGCACCGUCCAUCUCGUGUUCAAUGCAGCCUGGAGGACAAAGCAACAUCAAGGUAAUCGUAAAUGGGGCAGCCAAGGAAAUAGGAAGAGCAGCUGUAGUUGCUGUUACAAAAGCAAGGGGGAUGGAAGUGGCGGGUGCAGUGGAUUCCUACCUUGUUGGAGAAGAUAUUGGAAAGGUCUGUGACAUGGAAGAAGCUUUGGAAAUUCCUAUAAUGAACGACCUUACCAUGGUCUUGGGUUCCAUAUCUCAGUCUAAAGGAAUGGCAGUUGUUGUUGAUUUCACAGAUCCUACAACAGUCUAUGACAACGUUAAACAGGCAACAGCAUUUGGCAUGAAUAGUGUGGUUUAUGUGCCCCGCAUCAAACAGGACACAGUGAUGGCAUUGUCAUCAUUCUGUGAAAAGGCCAGCAUGGGGUGUCUGGUGGCUCCAACAUUAUCAAUAGGAUCGAUACUCCUUCAGCAAGCUGCGAUUUCAGCUUCUUUCCAUUACAACAAUGUAGAAAUAGUUGAAUCCAGGGCAAAUGCUGCUGAUUUUCCAACACAAGAUGCAAUACAAAUUGCAAACAACAUCUCCAAUAUAGGUCAGUUAUACAACAGACAAGAUAUCUCGACUGAAGUCCAGGCACGAGGUCAGGUUCUUGGAGAAGAUGGAGUGCGAGUGCACAGCCUAGUUGUUCCAGGGCUACCGUCUAGUACCACAGUGUAUUUUUCCAGGCCCGGAGAGGUCUAUACGAUCAAACAUGAUAUUACGGAUGUGCAAUCUCUCAUGCCAGGCCUAAUCCUAGCCAUUAGAAGAGUAGUGCGCUUUAAGAAUCUGGUAUUUGGCUUAGAAAAGCUUUUGUGAAAUUUGAUACCGGUUGAGCUCCUCGCAAUUUGGGAUCAAUCCAGUUGACUAUUCACAGAUCAGGUUUUUUCUGAAGCUACAUUCUGAAGGCGAAGAUUAGAGAAUAUUCAAAGCAGAUAUACUUGCUGAGCUGCACUUGAUUGGAAUUUUAUUUAUGCAUUUUUCAAUCAAGUUUGACUUAUUGAGUUUCUAACAGGAGCACUCAUCUCUAUCAGAAGCGACUUUAAUUAGCUCAAUAUGCCAGAGAUAGUGUUGGCAUCACUUGUUGUCAUGAAACCAAUGAGUAUACUAUGGUUUGGUCAUAUCCUGAUUAGCCUGAA